UCGUACAAAAUAUAUCACAACGAGGAAGCUUCUCCCACCCAAACACAAUCCAUCUGUAAUGAGCAGAAAUCAUGGAGGGAAUAAGCAAUAGUCUUUUUGUCUUCACUAUAUGUUUCUCAGCAAGUGUAUUCCUGCGUCAGGGAAGUGGCUUUAAUCUGGAUCUGACUAAUUACACAGAGUUUUCUGGGCCAGAAGGGAGUCACUUUGGCUUUUCUGUGGACUUUUUUCAGACAAGGAGCAAAGAAUUAAGUGUUGUAGUGGGUGCGCCAAGAGACGAUGUAGGGCCUUCCAGUGGCGGCUCUGUCUUCCUCUGUUCCUGGAAUUCAACUGAACGAGCAUGUCGAAAACUGAACUUCGACCAAACAGGUGACGUAAAUCUCACGUUUGACCAAAUGCUCCUUAUGACCCAUAAAUCUAACCAGUGGUUGGGAGCCACGGUACGGACCUACAACAGCUUUGUCCUGGCAUGUGCUCCAUUAUUCCACUGGAAUGUGGUUCAGGAAAAUGAUGAGGCCAUGAACACACCAGUGGGAAACUGUCAGCUACUGAACAUGCAAACUGGAGAGAUAGCAAACUAUGCCCCCUGUAGGGGAUAUGACGUGGAGAAUACUUACCAAAAAAAAGGAGGCUUUCAAGACAGACGCUACUGUGAAGCAGGAUUUAGCUCAGACAUCACUAAGGAUGGUAGAGUGGUUCUUGGUGCUCCUGGAGGCUUUUUCUUCCAAGGUCAGAUCAUUACCUCACCUCUCCAAAACAUCAUGUCCAGUGGCAGGACGUUCACUCCAGUCCACAAUGUGAAAGAAGAGAAAACAUCAAAUGAGAUGUUGGAACAGUAUGACAUUUAUCUGGGCUACUCUGUAGCAAUAGGUCAUUUCAAUGCUGACAACAUCCCAGACUAUGUAGCUGGUGUCCCACUUGACAAAAACUCAGCUGGUUCUGUCAGAAUCCUUAAUGGUGCUUCCCCAUUCUACUACAGAUCCAUGAUCUCUCUAAAGGGCUUUCAAGUAGCUUCCUAUUUUGGCCACUGUGUUGCUGUGACUGACAUAAACAGUGAUGGGAGGGAUGAUAUCCUGGUUGGAGCUCCUCUCUUCAUGGAACACUUGUCCACACAUAAGCUGCGCGAGGUGGGCCAGGUGUACGUUUACCUGCAGAAGGAAGGUUAUCGCUUCUCCCCAAAGCCUGAACAGACUUUAUCAGGCACUCACACUUAUGGACGUUUUGGCAUCACUAUCGCUCCUUUGGGAGACAUCAACCAUGAUGGCUUCAAUGAUGUGGCUGUGGGGGCACCAGGCUCUGGUGAAGGAGGUUUGGUGUUCAUCUAUGUGGGACAGAGUGAUGGUUUGAACCCGCAGUAUGUGCAAGUCAUCAAGAGCCCUUUCCAGUCUCUUGCACCAGCAUUCGGUUUUAGCAUAAGAGGAGGCACAGACAUCGACAACAAUGGAUAUCCAGAUGUUAUUGUUGGUGCAUGGGGAGCGGAUAAAGUGGCUAUAUACAGGUCAAAAGCUGUAGUGAUGACCAAAGCUCAGCUUUCCUUCCUACCUGAUUUCCUACAGCCUGAUGAAAAAUUCUGUCGCCUGCAUGGCAAUCCUGUCUCCUGCUUUAAUAUCAUGCUGUGCAUUAGUGUGUCUGGGUACAGAAUACCAGAGGAGAUUGUGUUGAACACGGAGCUCCAGCUGGAUAAACUGAAGCCAAAUGUGGCGAGACGGACCCUCCUGCUGGAGUCUCAACAGCCAUACAGCCAAUUUCAGCUCACUGUUAAGAGAGACAUAGGAACAUUUUGUAAGAAUCUCACCGCGUACUUACUGCCAGAGUUCAAGGACAUGCUGAGCCCCAUCUUCAUCUCACUGAACUAUAGCCUGGCCAACACCCAUGAAGCAAUGUUACAUGGACAAAAUCUUGCAGUUGGCCAGACACAGAUUGUUCUUGACUGUGGUGAUGAUAACAUCUGCAUCCCUGAAUUGACGCUUGCAGCCAGGGCGCGCACAGAUCCUCUCCUGAUUGGGGAUGAGAACCCAGCUCUCCUGAUCAUCACUGCUGAGAAUCACGGUGAAGGAGCAUAUGAGACAGAACUUUAUGUCCAUCUUCCACCUCAGACAUUCUACCAGGGUGUGCUAAGUGAUGAGGAGGGCUUUAGUCGUCUUCUUUGUGGUCUGAAGAAAGAUAAUGGUUCUGUCAUUGUGGUGUGUGAACUGGGCAACCCAAUGAAAGCUAAACAGAAGAUCAUGGCCGGUCUGUACUUCAGCAUGGGUGGGCUGGAGGAGGUCGAGACCCAUGUGUCCUUCCAUUUACAAAUUAAAAGCAAGAACAGUCUGAACCCAGACAGCAAUGCAGUGGAAGUGAAGAUCAAUGUUCAGGCUGUGGCUUUGCUGGAGAUGCGGGGAGUCUCCUCUCCUUCCGAGUGCGUCCUGCCAUUUGCCAAAUGGGAACCAAAGGACCCCCCGGGGAAUUUGGAGGAUGUGGGCCCCCUUGUAGAGCAUGUUUAUGAGUUAAGGAAUAAAGGGCCGAGUACAGUCAGUGCCAGGCUGGAGCUACAUUUCCCACUACAGCAGAAUGGCUCUUAUGUGCUCUAUGUGGUCAGCAAUGCUUCAGAGGAACUCUUGACGUGCAGCGCAGACCCUUCCCAGAUCGAUCCACUCAGGCUUGUAACAGCAGAAGCAGAGUUCUUUAAUACUAUUACGGCUCCUGUUCAUCACUUUAACAAACGGGAGGUGAAGCAGCAGGAGCAGGAGGUGCAGGAGCAGCCUGAGCAGCAUCACAGAACAACCGUGCAUGUGAAUUGCUCCACUGAGCGAUGUGUGGUGUUCAGCUGUGAGGCUCCAGUGCUACAGAGAGAUGCCAGAGCCGUAGUAAGAGUGACGGCACGCUUAUGGGCUUAUACCUUCAUACAGAGGCCUUAUGUGAACUACGUCCUAGGGUCCACUGCUCACUAUGAGGUAGUAAGCAGUUUGUCCAAGAUCCAACCAAAAGUCUUGCCUAGUGGACAAGCAGAGACAAACACCAGUGUGGUUUGGAGGCGUCCUGAUGGCCAGGAGGAAGUGCCAGUGUGGUGGAUUGUGGUGUCCAUAAUUGCUGGCCUCCUGCUCCUGGCUUUGCUGAGCAUCAUCUUCUGGAAGAUGGGAUUUUUCAAGCGCAACCGUCCACCAGCUGAUGAUGACAACGAUGAGACCACUCAUGAUCUGAAAGAAGAGCAAUCAGAGUACGCAGAUAUCUCACCAAAAGACCAGUUCUGAAAUAUGCUAUAGCAAAUAUAAAGCAUAUACCAUAUGGUACAUUUAAUUGUGUAAUGUGUGUCCUGCUAUUCAGAAGUGUGUGAACACCUGCAUUUUUUUAUGUUUUAUUAAAGGUUUUACCACAG